GUAUUACUGUGAUAAGAAGAAGGAAGGAUGCGGUUAAAAACGCCAGGAAGUAAUGGCUUAUUCGCGUUUUUAUACAAUCUUCUGGCAAGAAUUACCGCAUUUGAACUUGGUAGUUCGUGAAAUUACUUUUCGUUCUUCACUUUCAACUUUUAGUUUGAAUUUACAAUGGAAAAUACUUCCGAUGCGUUUAAAGAACAGGAGACAUCGAGUGAUAAUAUUAGUCAUGUAGGGAAAAGUAAAGAGAAUUCUUUAAGAUUGAGAUUGGUUCGAGUAUUUAGUUCUGGAACUUUAAAGACUCCAAAAUGUUCAAGCCCACUAAGUGUUUCGAGUUCUCCAAGUUCGAGUCCUGGUUAUUGUAGUUCGUGCGUAAAAGGGAGAUAUUCGUGGCAUUUAUCCUCGUCUAAUAAAGAUCAUCAUUCCCCGUGUUCUGUGGAAAGUGGUGUUUCGCUUUCAUCUUCUAAAUCUACCAUAAAUACGAGUUCUGCAAAUUCGCCAACUACUUCUUUUUCACCACCAACUCCUUAUUCGACAUGGUAUAUCAACGAAAGGCAUAUUUUGAGGAACCUAAAAGCUGAAACAGAAUAA